UCCCAUAGUAAUAAUUAAUAGCUCCGCAUCCAGCGCUGUUUGCAACUGUUCUGCUUUUUGCUCAUUGAUCUGCUUUUGCAGGUGGAUCAUCUGAAAUCUGCUGAUUUCGUUUUUUCUUUUCUAAUACGAGGGUGGAAAUCGAGUGCGAUCAACCCGCAAGUUUUACGCAGAAGACGGUCAACCUGAGCAAACGAGCUAAUGGACGUCUCGAGGCUUCUCGUAUCCUUCAUCUUGGUGAUCGCCACACCUGGAGCGUAUUCAGAUUCUUCAUGUAUUCAUCUGGACACGGAGUCUUACAAACUUCUGGAAGGGGAAGCAUUUUACUAUGUGCCUGACGAGGUCGAACCCAACCUACCUGAUGAAAAUAUGACCUGGUACAAAAGUGGGCAGGAGAUACAGAAUAUUACCACAGAUGAGACACAGAUGAUACAUUACCAUGGUGGAGCGCUCCUAUUCUUAAACAUCAGUGUAAAUGAUUCAGGUCAUUACACUGCCAGGGAAAUUACUCCAGGUGGAUGUUACCUCUACCAUCUAAAAAUUGCGGUCUACAACGGAAGCAGUCGAGAGAAUCUCAACUAUGGAGAUAACAAGAUCUCUGACUGGAAUAAACGCGUUACCUGUCCAGAUCCCGUUGUGAAAACUUGCACAGCGUUUAAUGGAACGUUUACCUGGUUUAAGGGCAACAAUUUUCUAUCUGGUCAUCAUAAAAAUGAAUUGCGGAUGGAUAAGGCAACAAAAAAAGAUGAAGAUACCUACACCUGUGUAUGUACCUGGAAACACAAUCACAAGGAGUACAAAUCGUCAGGUUCCAGGAAACUUUUUGUUCCAGAUCCUAUUAUUUAUCCUGUUGUAGAAAUCAUUUCUCCAAGCGAGAAGGAGCAGCUGGUUGAAAUAGGUGCUAGCACCGUGCUGAACUGCACAGUUUUUUGUGGGAUUAAUGCAAAACGGGGCUGCGACGCCAAUUGGCACAUUAAUGGAAAACCAGUAAACCAGAUGGAGGGAUACAACGAAACCAAAUUGCUGACCGAACAACCUUCAGGGGAAACCUUCUUCACUGCGACCCUGACCAUUGAAAAGGUUUCAAAAGAAGAUUUCACUCAUGAGUUUAGGUGUAGAGGCUUAGGAUAUUAUGGCGGAGCAUAUAAAAAUGUGACUCUCAUAAAAACAGAGACAGUCACUACCCUCAUUAUCAAAAUAAUGUGUGUGUCACUAAUCGGUGUGUUCACCACUGCUCUGGUGAAAUAUUUUGCCACUGACCUGGUUCUGUUGUUCAGGCCCUACUUCACAUCAACAAGACACAAAAAAGACACCAGAAUGUACGAUGCCUAUGUUGUUUACCAGACGGAGAGCUUAGAUGAGGAGACAGAGGAAACACUUUCCACUUUUGUCACAAAGAUUCUGCCCUCAGUGCUUGAGGAUCAGUGUGGAUACAGACUCUUCAUCCACGGGAGAGAUGACAUCCCUGGGGAAGAUCAUGUGGAGAUGGUGGAGAGCUGCAUUAAGCAAAGCAAGAGGCUGAUGAUCAUCCUCACACCAGGAUCAGGAUCAAAAAUGAGAAGUCACGCCUCAGACCAAACCUCAGCCAUCGGAGGAUUGGACUGGCAGGUCGGGCUCCACCAUGCACUGGUGCAGAGCGAGAUGAGUGUAAUUCUGAUCCAGCUUGGGGAGACAUGGCCACAAGAUUAUGCACACCUUCCUCCAAGCCUGCAGCAUCUGAUCCGUAAGAGCGCCCCCCUCAGGUGGUCAGAGAGCUCAAAGAAAGCCUCAGAAGGGAACUCAAGGUUCUGGAAGAGAGUCCGAUACUUGAUGCCUGCCACACCGGCCAAAAAGAAUUAUAUACCUGCUGUUAUCUAAUGCUGCUGAA